AGGUUUUAGAUGCCAACGGUGAAGGUUGCUACGAUCCAAACAGUGGAAGUUGGCAAGGAAAGAUCGCCGCACAUCAGGCCUGUUGCUGUCAGUUUCCCAUCCAGGUACAUACCAUUGUUCGGACUGUUAGUAGCAUCUUGCUCGAUUCUGGGAAGUGUAGCGCUGAAUCGAUACUACGGGCAUGACAUCGGAGGGAUCCCUUGGCCUUACAUCAGUGAUACAGCAAAGGAUGCGCCGCAAGCUGGGUUGUUCUCUUAUGGGCUGACUGUAACUUCGUGCUUGAUUGUUUGGGUUGUCGUUAUCAAUUAUGGGAAGAUAUGCAUCGAUGUGGAUGUAACGUAUCCGGAUCCUAAUGACAGCACCUGUUCAAAACGGAACUUUGCCGCUCUCAUCGCUGGACUUAUCUCCGCUCCUAACCUCGGGUUGCUUGCAUGUUUUGAUACAGAACGCUCGCCUGAGCUCCACCUGAGCUUCGUUCUGCUGUUCUUUCUACCGUGCAUCGUCUAUUUAUACAUGAUCAAAUCUGUCUAUGAACUACUUUACAAAAGGGCGCAAACUUUGGCGAAAAGGAGCAAAGAUGGAAAGCCGUCGAUUGCAAUUCCGUUCAAGAGCUACACAAGCCUUGAGACAAGCCUACGGUACAAGCGAUGGAUAUCAAACAUUUUUCUCGUUGCGGUGACGUUGUACCUGCCUGUUGGGAUGUAUAUGGUGAAGGAUUGGAGUGAUUACCGCAACGACGUCGCAACACAUACGUUUCGUGCUGUUGCUCAACAUGUGUCUGUUUUCUGCCUAUGUUGUUUCUUUGGCAGCAUGUACUUUGACUUUGGAGAUCUUGAAUUUUAUGUGGUACAAGGAUGACCGUCGCGCCGGGUCCGGGUUACCGUUUCGGCCCGCCGCCGCGCGUCU